AUGGCUCAUGCUACUAUUUAUGUGGGUUUUACUGUUCCUCAAUUACUGAGAAGUGCUAGCAGAAUUUUUCCUGCUCAUUCUGCAUCGUUGGUGUUGAGGCGCUCUGCUUUUUGUUACUGCACAGUGAAUGGCACAAUAAAAUCAAAAAGGAAGAUGGAUCACCUAGAGAGGACAGCAAAUAAUUUUCGCCAGGAGGUAAUUUCACAAGCAAAAGUGUGUGGAAUCACCAAUGAAUCAGAGACAGUCAAAAGACUUCGUUUGUCUAUCGCAAAUAAGGAUUUUACUUUUAAAGCGGGACAGUGGUAA